AGCCCCCGAGCGUGCGCACGCACGUGCCAGGGCGGCCGCGCCGGGCUCGCCAGCCAGGCAGGCGCACGGCGGGCACCCGCGAGCCCCGCGGCGGCGAGCGGGACGGCGCCCCGGGACCUGCCCUCCAUGCCCGGGCCUCCCGGUCUCGUAGCGGGCGCAGGAGGCGGCAGCGGCGGCUGUUGGGGCCAAGGCCGGCCUCGCGGAGGGCCCGCCGGGACGUUCAGCCCCGCGGAGCCCGGCCUGCGGGGCUGCAGCCAUCCACACCUGCUCUGCCCUUGAAUGAUAAAAACUCAUUGCUCUGACGUCUGCCCUGCUUCUCUGUCACUGACUACUGAGUCUGAAGCACUUGUGGAUAAGUAAGACCCCUGGAGUCAGACAUGGAUUGUAUUCACUUAUUCACGAGAUACAGGCAGAGACUUAGACAGAGGGAGAAGCAGGCUCCAUGCAGGGAGCCCGAUGCGGGGCUCAAUCUCUGGACCUGGGAUAACACCCUGACCUGAAGGCAGACGCUCAACUGCUGAGCCACUCAGGCUCUUGCGGUUCCGCGGGGCGCCCGCAGGGAUGGGUGAAGGCGGCCGGGCCAGCGGCGCUGUCCGGGGGCGGUCCUGUCGCUAGGGCCCAGGGCGGCAGGAUGCACCUGUCGGCGGUGCUCAACGCCCUCCUGGUGUCGGUGCUGGCCGCCGUCCUGUGGAAGCACGUGCGGCUGCGGGAGCAUGCGGCCGCGCUGGAGGAGGCGGUGGCCGCCGGCCGCCAGGCCCCCGCGCCCGGCCCCGCGCCCAGGGCCGACUACGCCCGGGCGCUGCAGCUCCUGAGCGAGGGCGGCACGCACAUGGUGUGCACCGGCCGCACGCACACCGACCGCGUCUGCCGCUUUAAGUGGCUCUGCUACUCCAACGAGGCCGAGGAGUUCAUCUUCUUCCACGGCAACGCCUCGGCCAUGCUGCCCAACCUGGGCUCCCGGCGCUUCCAGCCGGCCCUGCUCGACCUGUCCACCGUGGAGGACCACAACACCCAGUACUUCAACUUCGUGGAGCUGCCGGCCGCCGCCCUGCGCUUCAUGCCCAAGCCCGUGUUCGUGCCCGACGUGGCCCUGGUCGCCAACCGCUUCAACCCCGACAACCUGAUGCACGUCUUCCACGACGACCUGCUGCCGCUCUUCUACACGCUGAGGCAGUUCCCCGGCCUGGCCCACGAGGCCCGGCUCUUCUUCAUGGAGGGCUGGAGCGAGGGCGCCCACUUUGACCUGUACAAGCUCCUCAGCCCUAAGCAGCCGCUCCUGCGCGCGCAGCUGAAGACGCUGGGCCGGCUGCUGUGCUUCGCCCACGCCUUCGUGGGCCUCUCCAAGGUCACCACCUGGUACCAGUACGGCUUCGUGCAGCCGCAGGGCCCCAAGGCUAACAUCCUCGUCUCGGGCAUCGAGAUCCGGCAGUUCGCCCGGUUCAUGAGGGAAAAGCUGAACGUGAGCCAGGUGGGCGCUCCCCUCGGGGAGGAGUACAUCUUGGUCUUCAGCCGAACCCACAACAGGCUCAUCCUGAAUGAGGCGGAGCUGCUGUUGGCCCUGGCCCAGGAGUUCCAGAUGAAGACGGUGACGGUGUCCCUGGAGGACCAGGCCUUUGCCGAUGUCGUGCGGCUGGUCAGCAACGCCUCCAUGCUGGUCAGCGUGCAUGGGGCCCAGCUGGUCACUGCCCUCUUCCUGCCCCGUGGGGCCACCGUGGUCGAGCUCUUCCCCUAUGCCGUCAACCCUGACCACUACACCCCCUAUAAGACGCUGGCCACGCUGCCUGGCAUGGACCUCCAGUAUGUGGCCUGGCGCAACAUGAUGCCGGAGAACACCGUCACGCAUCCCGAGCGGCCCUGGGACCAGGGGGGCAUCACUCACCUGGACCGGGCCGAGCAGGCCCGCAUCCUACAGAGCCGUGAGGUUCCUCGUCACCUCUGCUGCCGGAACCCUGAGUGGCUCUUCCGCAUCUACCAGGACACCAAGGUGGACAUCCCAUCCCUCAUCCAGACUGUACGGCGUGUGGUGAAGGGCCGGCCAGGGCCACGGAAGCAGAAGUGGACCGUGGGCCUGUACCCAGGCAAGGUUCGGGAGGCACGGUGCCAGGCGUCCGUGCAGGGUGCCUCUGAGGCCCGCCUCACCGUCUCCUGGCAGAUCCCAUGGAACCUCAAGUACCUGAAAGUGAGGGAGGUGAAGUACGAGGUGUGGCUCCAGGAGCAGGGGGAGAACACCUAUGUGCCUUACAUCCUGGCUCUGCAGAACCACACCUUCACUGAGAACAUCAAGCCUUUCACUACCUACUUGGUGUGGGUUCGCUGCAUCUUCAACAAGACCCUCCUGGGACCCUUUGCAGAUGUGCUGGUGUGCAAUACGUAGCGAGUGUGCCAUGGCCGGGCCGGGGGUGGGGGGUGGCUCCUCCAGUUCAGUGUCCCUGGGCCCUCUAGCCCCCUGUGGUGGCUUCUGGGAAUUAAUUAUUUAUUGAGCAGGCUGCCCUAGGCUUGUGCCUCUGUGUCUUCUUACUGUAUCUGGAGUGUGGAGUUCCCAGCACUCUGCACUGGUACACUGGGAUCCUCCCAACCCCCUUCUCCCGGCCUGAGCAUCCAUACUCCACAGAAGGUCCUUAGGGGGAGAAGGAAGAGGAGAAGGAAGAAGGAAACUAAGGAGCCUCUGGCCGAGUGAUCAUGCUGUUCGCUACUGAAUCUUUCUGGUUGCUGUCCAGAUGUCUGGAAACUGUGAGUAAGUCAUGUGGUCGCUUGGGUGGGUGGUUCAUCAGCUUCCAUCAUCAUGAAAUUCACGUGUAGCACAGUGGAGUUGUGUUUGCAACAUUCAUUAAAUGAUUAUAAACGUC